ACUCAUGCGCGAUGACCAUGGAGGCGUCCAGGAGUUUCACAGAAGGAUGUAAUUUCCAAACUCAGCGUGCAGCGAAGGAUGCCUCCUCAAGUCAAGUACUGGAGAGACGGGACGCAGGUGGAUUAUGUUAAUAGCCAAUGCUCCGCGAUGAAGUGAUGGAUGCGGUGACUGCCAAGUGACAAGACUCAGAAGUUGAUUUUGUUCCAGCUUCGGGGACAGUGGACAGUUCAGCCAUUUAAGCGACUUAAACAAUCAGAAAGGACGGAACGCAGAAUCAAUUUGAAAAUCAUGCACUGUUCAUUUCCAUGGAGAGAUGGCAUGCGUGCUCCUCUUCAGUCGUCUCCUUCCUUUCUCACACCGGCUCACAAGAACAUCCAUUUGCUUAUUAUCCCUUUUCCUUUCAUAUUUGUGCUACUGUGCACUGUUCCCUGCAGAUGCCAUCAUGCAAAAGUCAGGUGAUCCGACGCCCAGCUGUCAGCGCGUCCUGGCCGAUGGAGCCAAAAGGCGCACUCAGAAAUACCUGUCUUGCGUUUUGCCGUUGGAUGCGAGACCGAGCAGUGUUGAGGCAUCUCGGCUGAAACUCGACCAAAGACCUCCUUCGAUUCUUCACAUCGUCGGGAACGACACGCCCAGUCCUCCCAUAGGUAAUCUAAAGUUUGGGAAUAAAAAGUUACCAAAUGCCAUCAUAGUUGGUGUGAAGAAAGGAGGCACCAGGGCUGUUCUGGAGUUCAUAAGAAUUCACCCUGACGUGCGAGCGGCUGGCACCGAGACACACUUCUUCGACAGGAACUAUGAUAGAGGCCUGGAGUGGUACAGAGGUUUAAUGCCAAGGACUCUUGAAAGCCAAAUCACAAUGGAGAAGACACCAAGCUACUUUGUGACAAAAGAGACACCACACCGGAUCUCUGCCAUGUCCCACGAUACCAAGCUCAUUGUGGUGGUGCGUGACCCCGUCACUCGUGCAAUAUCAGAUUACACUCAGACUUUGACCAAAACGCCUGACCUGCCGAGCUUCCAGGAGCUGGCCUUCAGAAAUCAGAGCCUGGGCAUUGUGGACACGUCCUGGAACGCCAUUCGUAUUGGCCUGUACGCUCUGCACCUUGAAAACUGGCUCCGCUACUUCCCUCUGGCUCAGAUCCAUUUUGUGAGCGGAGAGCGUCUUAUCACAGACCCAGCAGGGGAGUUGGCUCGGGUGCAAGACUUCCUUGGGUUAAAGCGCAUUGUCACGGACAAACACUUCUAUUUCAACCGCACCAAGGGCUUUCCUUGCCUUAAGAAGCCGGAGAGCAGCGGCUCACCCCGCUGCCUGGGCAAGUCCAAGGGCCGAACUCAUGUGCAGAUAGACAGAGAUGCCAUUGAGCAACUGCGAGACUUCUAUAGACCUUACAAUGUCAAGUUUUAUGAAAUGGUGGGUCAUGAUUUCAAGUGGGAGUAGAGGAUUGACAUAUUUUCAAAUGGUACAAGAAAGAUUUAUGUAUUCCAUGAAUGUUAAAAAAUGGUUUGCCUACAGUAAUAUAUCUAGGCUAGCUAUCAUAGCUAACUAUCAGCAGUCUUUUCAAGUGAAAUGGCAAAAGCAGUAUUAUUAUUACUAAGAUGACAUUGCUUUUGCACUUCAUUAGUACCAGCCAGCAUCAGCAUCCUGUUUGUUGCUAGAUAUAGUCGUCAUUUCAGCUUCAGGAUCACAUGUUUUCUGUUCCUGUUACUGUGUGUUAUUGCUGACUAUUCCCCAUUUGCUAACUGGUUGAUUUAAAAGAAGGAAAUUCCAGGGAGUGGGAUUAGUUCCUAUUAAAACCUGCUUUACUAAUCAAGGCAGGGCUUGAAAGUAAGACCUUGGAAAUGUCAGUGGAGAGCAGAAUUAAGCUGCAACACUGUGGUGGCAAAUCUGAAAUGUAAAGCCAUAACGCGAGUAUGAACCACCUAAUAUUAUUUAAUUGUUGGUCUCAUCAGUUUCUGUACAGAGUGAAAAAUGUCUUUCUCAUUCUUUCCAGCAGGAAUAAGAUUAGUUAGCAUGUGCUGCAAAAUGCAGCACUUCACUUGUGCUUUACAUGCAAAAUCCAUGUUUAUAUUUUUGUUACAAAGUAUUUAAUCACUGCCAUAUCCACAAUGCUUGUCCAUGAACUCCAUUAAAUGAAACAGAAGCACAAUGAAA